AUGCCUAUCCCUCCCCGCGACAACGAGCAUGUCAUAGCCCUCCCCAAUGGGAGGCAGCUAGCCUACGCAUCCAUGGGGAAUAAGUCCUCCCGCACCCUCUUCCUCUUCUUCAGUGGUCUCUUCUCAAUCGGCUCGAUCUCCCGCCUUCCCCCCAUCGUCGAGAAGCUCGACGCGCACAUGCUCGCCCCCACGCCGACGGGAAUGGGCAAGACAUCUCCGCGGAUUCCUGGCGGCCGCUCGUACGCUGCCAACCUCGUCGAUGAUAUCCGGAGGCUGAUCGAGGCCGAACACCCAGACGGUAUCGAUGCCCUCUACAUAGGCGGCGGGAGCUAUGGCACGGUCAUGGCGCAAAUCCUGUACGGGGCCGGGUACGAUGUCUUCCCCGACGGCGCCAAGAUCAAGGGCUGUCUUCUCGUCUCGGGGUUCAGCCCGUACAAGUACGACACGGAUUACGCGCAGAGCUUGACCUGGACGAACUGGGUAGCAGUUGGACCACCAAGCAUGAUGCCAUUCCGGAUGCUGCAGCGCGCCAUGCGUCCCGCGAUCGCUCUCAAGCUGCGCACUGUCGAGGACGCGAAAGUGAUGAUUAUGGACAUGCUCUACUUGAAACUCGAGGCCGAGGAACGCGCGACUCUCGACCAGCACCUAGCGGAGAACCAGAUGACGUUCGACGAGCACGUCACGUACUUGGCGGAGAAUAUGGUGCGCUCGGUGGAACAUACGUGGGACGGAUUCAUGGAGGUGUCGGAAGUGCUCCACUCCGACUGGGGCUUUGACCCGCGCACAUUGGAUGAGGCGCAUCAGAAACCGAUUCUGCUCGUGUCGGCGUUGGCAGACGAGGUCGGCGGAUCGAGGAACCAGUGGAUGUUGGAGAAUUACAAGAAUGCGGUCGGUCGGGAUAUCAAGGGAGGUCAUGCCGCGGGGCUCGCAAAGAUGGGGGAACUGUGGCAGGAGCUCGUGGACCUGUGCGGCAGCCACAACGGCAGCGGGGACAGCGAGAAGCCAUGA